AUGGCAAAGCGGCACUACGACCAAGCGCGCGAGGCGACCGCGCGCGCGCAGAGCUUCGAGCGUGCAGGCCAAGCGGCCCAGGCCCUGCCGCUGCUGGAGCAAGCGCUGCAUAUCUUCAAGCGCCUGUCAAUGGUCGAGUCAGCUGCGCAGCGCACGCAGCUGCAGCGCACGAUCGCCGAGUUACAGACGCGCAUCGAGACGCUGCAGCUCUCGAGCGACGUUUUGAUCCACGCGGCGAUGGAACUGCACGCGCUGGCCAAGGAAACCGAAGUGAGUCGACCUCUGGAGCGUGAUAUCAUUAUUGAGAGGUACCUCGCCACGGCCGAGACGUAUCUGAAGGCGCUGAACGCUCUGCCGUCGAGUGCCGCCGCAACCAAAGCCGCUGUCCAGGAGCAGCUCGAGUACGUGAUCGACUACGUGUCGCAGCUCAAGAACGUGGACGAGACACGACAAGUGAAUGAGCAGUUGACGCUGCAAAACGAGCCACAGCUGCAGGAGGAGGCGGCGCUCUUGACGCUGUCUGUUGGUGCUGUAAAUGGCGGACAAUUACUGGACAAGGAGAGGCAAAAGGAGGUCGAGGAGAGCGCCAUGUACACGCUGUCGGAACUCCAUGUGCUUCGUCGGUCCUCACUGAUCAACGGCCAUUUGUUCGUGCCGUGGUUGGAUGAUUUUGACGCUCUGGAGAACUUUUGUCUGCCGCAGGUUUUUGACGACCCGGACGGACUUUUGCCACUGUCAGCAAUGCAGACGAAAAAGGGCGUCGUGUGGAUGCGACCGAGUGAGUAUGAAGCCAAGUGCGGGUAUCCGGCAGUGAUGAUUGCACAGGGAGGGUUGAACCCGUUGGUGGUGAAGCAAGACGUUGUCACGGACUGCUCCUUUGUGGCCUCGCUCUGUAUAGCCGCGGCCUAUGAACAGCGCUUCCGGAAGCGAUUGAUCUCGAACAUCAUUUUCCCGGCUGAUCCGGAGACUAGUCAACCAGUGUAUAACCCGUCGGGGAAGUACGUUGUUAAGUUGUGGGCAAAUGGUGUGCCUCGAAAGGUGGUGAUUGACGACUUGCUACCGGUCAGUGCUGCUUCAGGGCAACUGCUGUCAAGUUGUACGACACGAAAGAACGAGCUGUGGGUGAGUCUCAUUGAGAAGGCAUACUUAAAACUGAACGGCGGAUACGACUUUCCUGGCGGCAACUCUGGGAUCGACUUGUUUGCACUUACAGGAUGGAUCCCGGAACGUGUUUCCGUUGCUGAGCUCGUCGAUGCACCAGACAACGAAGAGCGGUUGUGGGAGCAGCUGAAGAGCGCGUUUCACUAUGGAGACUGUAUUAUUACACUAACCACAGAAGACCUUUCAAAGCCAGAGGCCAAAGCAAUCGGGCUGGUGCCGAUGCACGUUUAUGCGGUCCUCAACGUAUACGAGCUUAGUAGUCUCGAUUCGAAUGCCGAUUCUUCUGAAGGUACCGAAAAGACUAGGUUGCUGCUGGUUAAAAAUCCUUGGCGCAAGAUGAGCUGGAAAGGUCCUUACUCGUGUGGCGACAAGACGCGGUGGAACAGUCCUGUCGGUGACGAGCUGCGGGCAUACCAACGACAAUUCUACGCUGCUGAGGAAAGCACAACCGACGAGGAACCAGACGACGGUCUGUUUUGGAUCGACUUUCAGUCAGUACAACGGUACUUCGAAAGUUUGUACAUGAACUGGAACCCUGAGCUCUUCCCUUACAAAAGCGUGUACCAUGAGCACUGGCCUGCGGAGCUUGGACCUGUGAACGACUCACUCACGCUUGGAUUCAAUCCGCAGUACUCGCUCACAUUUUGCAAGAAUGUGGAAGCCGAUGAAGGAAAGACUGAGGCAACUGGUUCAUGCACCGUCUGGGUCUUACUUUCGAGGCAUGUGAGUGCGAUUGAACGCGACAGGGACUGCCCGAACGAGCAGUUCUUGACACUACACGUUUAUCGAGGGCAAGCAAAAAAGCGUGUGUACUACAACCAGAAUGCAAUAUCGCGAGGAAUGUACAGCAACAAUCCUCAUGCGCUUGUCAGUCUGGAUCUGGACUUGACAAAAGACUGCGAGCCGUCUUUCACGCUUGUGGCCUCACAGUACGAAAAGCUGGCAGAUGUCGACUAUACACUGUCCAUCUUCUCUACGCGACCGUUUACUUGCGAGCCCAUUCCCCACUUGACGACCACCGCACCAGUCUCACUUGUGAUCCCUGGCACUUGGGAUUCCUCCAGCGCUGGCGGUCGUCCGUUCUACUCGACAUUUAUGGUUAACCCGCAGAUCCAUUUACAGCUACAGCAGCAGUGUCGGUCCAUUUUCUUGUUUUUGGAAACUGAGGCGUUUGUUUCCAAGGACCCAACGGAUGCCGGUUUUCCUAUCAACUUGCGUGCUGCAUUGCACGCACGCGAGCGGGUAUGUGAUCUGCAUGCAGAGAACCCGACAUCAGAGAGCCGAGAACCGUUGAGGGUACUAAGUUCUGGCGAAUACCGGCCCGGGUUUUGUUUUAUCGAGAUCGACGCCUCUCUUGCCACAGAUCUGCACGACAUCGUGCUGAUCCCAUCUACAUUCGAGCAAGGAGUUACCGGUAACUUCAUACUGCGGGUCGUAAGCGAUCCACCUUCAGGCGCGAGCAUAGCCUAUCACCGACUACCAGCCGAAGGGGACGGGAUGGAGCUGACUCGGCUGCGUGGCAAGUGGGACAUUCAAACCGGUUCUGCGGCUGGCUGCUCGAUUUAUGGCCGUUAUACUUUCAAUCCAAAGUACUUGCUGUACGUGACGCAGGAGUGUGAAAUGCUUGUCCGAUUACUAGUACUGGAGCCAGAAUCAGAUGUAUCACCGGACGAGUCCCUGACGAAAGCCAUUACCAUAUCUAUCAACGUAUCCGUGUUCGCGAGCACAUCAAAUGGUGACUUGUUACUCUCCACGACUCCCGAGGUUGCCAAUGCGGGUGCCACUUCAGCGCGCGGUGCGUAUGUCAACGGCGCUCCCAGCGGUGUGCUCGCCAAAGCCUCUCGGUGUUUCUCGCCAGGAUGGUAUAUCGUACUUCCAUCGACAUCCGAGCCACAGGAAUUGCACUACGAGCUUCGCUUGUACGCAUCUACCCACAUUGACGUGCGCUGUCUCUAG